AGGGGACGCUCGUGUCGACCGGUCUCCCAAGCAAAACCACGCGAUCUUUACAAACUAGUGCAAUAUUCAAAACAACUCGAAUUGCUCACACCGUGUUCCACUUGUUACAUUUGAACUUUUGUUUCGUUAGUGAUUUGUUUUAUUCGUGUUAUCAUUACAUUGCUUUAUUCAAAUGUUUUACGUUUCUAGUGUUUGUGCAGACUUUUCGUGAACACUGGAUCACAUUUAGCUAACUUACGUUGCAGGAACAUUAUCAUCUGUCAGAGAGAUAACAGCAGCCUUAUUAGGUACAUCACUUCCACGAAGAGUUGAAAUUGGGUACCUCGAUUUCCGGCUCAGGUUGACCGCUAGGACGGUGAGCGGCGACAGCUUGAUGGGGCGGUGACGCAGCAUGCGCCGAGUGCCGCUCGCCGCUGUACUGCGGCUGCUCUUGCUGGCAGGUGGCGCCAACUUUGUCAAUCCGUACAAUAGUGACGCUGUUGACCUCAACCAAGUAUGGGUGGACAUACCAAUGUCGCUCGUUGCACUUGGCGGCGAUGUACGAAUACACGUCCACGGCGUAUCCGGCACUUCCUCGCUGAGGGUCCAGCUCGCACGAGAAGACGACGACGGCAAACUCCAACUUGCUACCAUCCCCCUCGCUCUCGACUCGGAGAGCCGGAUGACCCUCCCCUGCGGAUAUUUCUCAAGAGGGGGCACUUAUUAUCUAGAAAUAAUAUCCGAUGCUAAAGAUAACUUCGUGGAGGACUAUGAUGCUACUAAUUCUAGUGACAAUUUUAGAGUCAAGAGAGAUGAUGGUGGGAUAAUAGAAACUGGUGAUAGUGUUGUCAAGUCUUGGAAGUUCGAUGUGUUGUGGCCUUCAGCCAAGUUGGAUGUGACUCCGGAGCAGAUUCAGACGUACCCUGAGAGGCAGGUGACUGCUAUCCUAGAGUUUCCGAGGGUAGUGUGUACCCCUGUGGAGUCGAGUGCAGACUUUUGGUUAGAACUGUUGUAUUGUGGACAUUCUAGUGGUGGUGCUGUGUUAUGUGAUGGCAAGAAUACGAGCUCGCAUGCUCACGUCUUAUAUUCUGAACAGAUGCACGGGUUUCCUGGCAGAAGAACGAUGACGCUGCGUUGUGAGCUAUUCGGGCAGGCUGGAGACUAUGCGUUGACCUUAAGGCCAGCAGCUGCAGCUGGUCCACAAGACUUGGCAGCUGCAUUUAUUAAGGCGGAUUGGUCAGAACAAUUUGUUCUGAAUGUCCACGGCGGUUCAGUGCUGCCGUGCGGUGACGGGGUACGGGUUCUGUUCCAGUAUCCGGAGUGCGUGCUCGAUGGUGCUGAUAGAGUCAGGGUUUUUGGUCGUGAUGCAGACAGGCUCCGAUACGUGGCUGAAAGACGGGUCAGAAGGGGUCAACAUACAGCGUCAUUCGACUGUCGACUGUUCAGUGAACGUUACCCAGAGUACUGCUUCGUGUAUGUGUCUCAGGCUGUAACAGGGGCGGUUGCUGAUGUGAGGAUGGACUGCUUACCAACAUCUCCACUCUCAGCAGACGGUGGAGCGGGUGGAUGGGGCGAGUGGUCCCCGUGGUCAGCGUGCCCCGCGCCCGCGCGGUGCUCCACGCGGACCCGCAGCCGCCACAGAUUCUGUGAUUCCCCGGCCCCGGCCUACGGGGCCAAAUAUUGUGAGGGUAAUGCAGUGCAACUAGCAGCUUGUGAGUGCACUGCACCGACUUGGGCUGGUGAUUCUCCAACUGUGGUGACAGAAGUCGGUCCCAGGUGCCGCUGUGGAUGCGUACUACACUUAGCUCCAGCCGCGAGAUUGUUGGCAGGGUCAGCUCGCGCCUGUCCUGCAAGAUCCUUUUGGUUGCUACAAGCUGAAGAAGGACUAGUGGUGCGCCUGCGCAUGGAAGCAGUUAGACUACCAUGUGCUGGACAGGCGCUGAGGGCGCGCGAUGGAGACUCCCUGGGUUCACCUCUGCUGGCGUCUUGGGAUGGCCCUGACAGCACUGCUGUGGCUGGUGAUAUAGAAGCGACUACAGAUAGUACUGGAGUGCUGGAGAUAGCUGGUGGUCGACAUAUACUUGUUGAACUACGGUCCGGUGAUACCAGCGAACGGUGCGCUGGAGGAUUUCUUGCGCAUGCGACGCAGAUUGAACCAAUUCGCAACGUGUCAGCUGCGUGGGCCUCAAUAAGUACCACAAAUUGGUGGCACAACGGAGGCGGCGCUCGCGGCGUCGCAGUCACGUUAGCGGCCACCGCCGCUCUAGCCGCUUUAUGUUUAGCGCUGCAUUCAGCACAUCGGACUCGUGCGUACCAACGAGCUGCUGAUAAGGACUCGCUUACUGACAGCGAUGCAUGCUCAGCUUCACUAGAACUUGGUGGAGCUACAGCUGGCUCUCGAAGCACGCUCCUGUCGGAGGUGGUUGGUGGUGGGGUCUCGUUACGGCGUCUUCUACCUUCAGGGAAGACCAGGCACACGAGGCUGAGGGAUUCAGAUCGGGCUUCCGAGACUGUUGAACAGAGAGAAGAAGAAGAAGAUCAAAACACAGACGUUGAAGAACAAGCUGAUAAUAUAAGCGUUGCGAGCGCUGUGAGCGUACCCAGUGUUGUCAGUCAGGCUACUGUUACUCCGGAGUCUGUGUCUGCGAGCAGCGCACCAGUUGUCCGGAAUAACAUCGCUCUAUCACCGAUAAAACGCUCUCGUACUGUAUCUGCGACGAAUGUCAAUGUGCAAGAGGUUACUUCACCACCUCAGCAAUCAAGCAACAGUGAGACGGUGACUGCUGAGCUCAGCACAAGCAUAACGAGUAUAAGUGAGAGGGACAGUUGUAGCGAGAAAGACAGAGACAGCGUGUGGGAGAAGGAUAGGAGUGUAAGUCGCGCCUCGUCUUCUACAUCUGCUGCCACUCUCACCAACGGAUGGUACUCUCCAGCUCUCAGUGGAGUAUCAGCCGCCAGGAUCCGUGAUAAUCCUAAGCAUACAAAAGAGAGUUGCAACCGUCGUCUCCUAAAGUCUGAUCUGAGUCUGACUUCACAUCCUGAAAUGGAGAUCGACUAUUACGAUUACGAAGUUAAUAAUGCUGGUUCAGUUCCAGGCUCGUACCUCGGAAUGGAUCCGGCAUUUUUAGUCUGGAUCCCGCCUCUAGAAGAAGGAGAUAUAAUUAAGGAGAUCGACAAUAGCAAAGCACCUGUUUACGAAGAAGUGAUACCAAAAGAACUACGACCAGAUCCUGGGAGUAACACAGAGUCUCCCGAGGAACGACCUACGUCAAGCACUCUUAGAAGGAAUCCUGACAAUCGCUGCAACAGAUCUAAUGAGUCUAUCAAAUCAAUACGUAAAGUCAUUGACAGAGGAAACAUAAUAACUCCUCUUAAUUUCAGCAUAAGUGAUUUGCAAAACUCGCCAAAAUUGACAAAGAGGAAUAAAAGAAAGAAGGACGAUAAUCCCGUGACGAUACCCAUGAAAGACUUGACAUUAACCAGAUCCCCUGUAAGAGUACACAGAAGGGAAAUUAGAAGUAAUGAUUUCGAUAAUUCGUCUACUUUGAAACGAGUCAAUGAUACAGCAAGAGAAACUAAUGCAGACACAUUGAAGCGAACAGAUUUCUCAGACAUAAAGUUUGCUGAUGAAAAUUCUGAUUCGUCGAAUGAGAUCAAAUUUGCUGAUGACUCGCCAGAUAGCAAUAGACUCGUUGAUAAAUUUGAUGUCAAAGCUUAAGAAGCAGUAAGAUUUUAUAACAAUAAUCCCCUCUAUAACACGAUAUAUGCGUUCGGCGUUGUAGCAAAAUGUGUUGAACGAGUCUUCUCAUAUAACACCUUUAUAGGCGUUAUGCAAGAUUACGAAUGAAAUAAGUGCGUUUACUUAAAAUCAAACUAAGAAUAUUUUAAAUAACAAACUAAUAUACGUGUAAUUAAAAACUGUUAUAUUCAAUUAGAACAAAUAAUACCAAAAACAGUUUUAUUACAUGUUUAUUCGCUAUCAGAGCUAUCUGAAAUAAU